AUGGGUGUCGGUGUCUUUCCGGUGGCGCUGCUGUGCGCGAUGCUAUGCGCCGGCGCAGCCCCAUACACCGUAGACUGCAACCACGAGUACACAGAUUGCGACAACGAACUCAGUAAACUAACCAGUGAAGAUGAUGAUUCACCAGCUAUCUUAUCUUCGGUAGCGUCUCCUAUAUUAGAAGUAACAACAAUUUCAACAUCUACCCUCACACCAACUCGAUCUACGCCAACAAUUGAAGAAAUUGCUACAGAAAAUAUAACUUCUGAAUUAACCACAACAGAGGCUAAUGAAAUCAAAGAAGCAUUGAAACCAAAGCCGAGACUUCUGAAUCUUAAUGUUGACGAAUUGCAAAAUUUCGCGAAUGCCUUGCACAAUCAGUCCAUGGGAACUAAGAAAGUAUUGGGUGAUUUAAGCGACGUAAAUUUAGACGGAGAUGACGAUGAUGAACCUAGAAUAACGAGCAAUGAUGCGAAAAAUAAACAAAUAUCUGAUAAGUUUUAUACAAAUUUACAAGCACCAUUCAAUCCAUUGCUAGCUGUGGAUAGGUCUGAAGAAAUUGAAACUUGUAAAGAAAAUGAAGUAAUGUAUAAGGUCGGUGAACAUAUAGACCGCGCUUGUGAAGAGACCUGUGUUUGUACACCAGGUGGUCACUUUGAAUGUUCACCGCGUUGUAAGCAUCCUUACAUUAGACGAGGCAGAAGACUCGAUGAUCCUCUUUGUUUUGAGUCACCGGUGGAUAUAUGUUGCUCCAUAGUGACCUGUGCUACCGGUAAUAGAGAAUCUAAGCCAAACAGCGUGGAAAUUUGUAAAUACGGUAACAAUAGUCACCCAGUCGGUUCAACGUGGAAUAUUGGCUGCGAACAGACAUGUGCCUGUGAACCUAACUCCAUUGUCACUUGUAAACCAAGAUGUAAAAACCUACCACAUUCGGAAAAAUGCAUCAACGUGCAGGAUCCCAAAGACGAGUGCUGCGAAGUCCAAGUAUGUGACGUAUCACAGGAUGUUCACGAAGAACAUGAUAAUAUGACAAGCUCUACGACUAGUACUACAGAGAUACCGAAGGAAUUGCACGAUUUGAUCAAUUCGCAUCUGCCAACAAUAAGGCCAUUAGUUCUGGCAGAACCCAUUGGAUCUAUAAAAGUGUUGCAAAACAAUAGCGUACAAGUUAACCUCAUGCAUAUGAAUAACAGCGAAGAUCCUAUUCAUCUGUUAUUAAGCAGCGACGGAGGGAAAACAUAUAGCGAUAUAGAGUUAGUGUAUUCCAAUUUAAUAUUAAAUCUGGACGGAGGUAAAGAUUACAUAUUGAAAACUAAAGAAACUGGGACCAAAUUUAAUUUUACGAUAACAGCUUUAGAUGAUGGUAACGAAGUACCGGUUGAGGAAAGAUUUAAUGAAACCAAGAUUGGUUGCUAUCAUGAGGGACAGUUUUACGCUGUCGGUGAAGAAUUCAAGAUACAUUGCGCAGAAGUAUGCGAGUGUACAGGAGAUGAGACUCGUGAAUGUGCUCCUAUGAUAUGCCCAUCACACGUGGGGUUAGAAUUAGUGUCGAGGAGCUGCGUUGAAUGGGAGCCGAGCCCGCCACCCCAACCACCAAACUGCUGUCCAAGAACCGCGCGCUGUUUGAGUGACGGCACAUGCCAUUAUAAAGGCCAUUUUGUUCCAAACUGGAGCGAAGUACCGCUUUCAGUAUCUGGUUGUGAGCAGAGAUGUUUUUGCGAAAACGGUAUAGUAGAUUGUCAGGAAGCUUGUAAUCCACUUCCUUCUUUGCCGCCGCAAUCAUUAAGAUGCCCGCCAAUGCAUCGACCGGCGCCUGUCAAUAUAUCUGAUGAAGAUUGCUGUAAGCAAUGGGGUUGUGUCCCUCACGGUCAAAAUCCAAAAGGAUCACCAACUUCCUUCCUUCCGACAAUUCCUCCUGAUAAUCACUAUCCGCAAGACGACGAAAUACCUGAUUAUGAUCAAAAUAAUAUCCAUCGCCCGGAAUAUCCUAUACAGUUUGGUUCAUCCGGCCUGCCCAUAGGAUUCCCUGUACCGCAAGGAUUUGACAAUGAAAACAAAAAACUAUCAGUUCUCUCAAUACAAUCAGAUUCACCUACGAGCAUAAAAAUGCUAUUUGGACUUGCGUCAGUAUUGGUCGGUCUACGUGGUAGUGUUGACUUAAGAUAUACCGAUACAGCGAAUGAAGAUAUAACACAAUGGCAAUCUCAAGUGUUCGCACCAGCUGACGAGAUUUUGACAACACCGAGGUUGGAAUUCCGACUCACUGGUCUAAAACCAUCAACUACAUACAAAAUAAGAGGGAAAUUAUAUCUACACAAUCUCAAGAUGGAACCAGAAAGCGAAAUAUACACUGUACGGACUCAAGACUUGACACCGGUGUUGCCACUAGAAGAAAAACGCAGAGAAAUAGACGCGAAGUUGACUGUACUCGAUGUAAACGAUACUACCGCUCAAGUUAGUUGGAGACAUUUCACUGAAGACGAGUUGCAACUCAUUGAUGGCAUUCAAGUGAGAUACCGUCCAACAGGCACUCCCAUCUACAGUAUGACAGAACUUCUUCAUCACAGCCGGUCUCACGCUGAACUACGCGAAUUAAGACCUGGCAGUAAAUACGAAGCUUCAUUGGUGUUAAUACCACCUCCCCGAAGUACUACCGAGCUUAUAGACCCAGGAAUAGUAGAAUUUACUACAGCACCAUUCAUUGAUCCAUACAACUGGUCUAUAGUGAUAGAGUCCCGUGUUAUCGGCUCGGAGGCUGUUGAACUUACGUGGCGCGGUGUACCCGAGCCUGCUGAACGAUGGGUGAGGGUGUACCGAGCGGCUCAUGCGUGUGGUGAGGUCGGCAAAGAACAUGAUGCAUUGAAAUUAGCAGCCAGGGACUCACCGAAUACUAUAACACUAUCUGGAUUAGAUCCUGAUUCUAGAUGUCGCGUCUGGUUGGAGUUGUUCCUAACAAACGGGAAGGUGAAAACUAGCAAUGUUUUGGAUAUUCACACGAAAUCUAUGGACUCACCGGAACCUAUUGAUAAUGUUGUAGAAGCUUCAACUAUACUCGUAGCUGGUCGUCACAAAGGUGAUUACUACGGCGCGUUGGUAGUUGUUGGUGUUCUAGCGGCGUUAGGAGCUCUCGCUACUACGCUGCUUUUACUAGUAUUAGUGAGAAGACAUCGACCAAGAUCUGUUCCCAUCACGUCGGUGCCAUCAGCUCCCCGCGAGUCAUCUCUGCCUCCAUACGACAACCCGGCAUACAAACUAGAACUGCAACAAGAAACUAUGGAUGUAGAUACGCGGUAUUAUCCUUAUCCAAUAGUAGUAACGUGA